AUGGCAGUCGAUAGUGGAAAUAAAUUUAUCAAAAUUCUCGUACACUGAAAAACAAGAUAAACUAUCGUUGGCCAUUAACCAAAAUGUACAACAUUACUUCGUGUCUAUUUAAGUUACCUAAGGAAAUACCAAUAUUACGGAAAGUGCCACAUUUUGGUGAGGUUUCCAAGAUCGUUACUGCGAUUGGUUGUAAUCAAGUACAUAUUUGUCAGAGAUACUAUAAUAGUCAAAAUAAACAGAACAAUGAAAACUUGCGGCGUUUUUCAUACAAGUAUUUGCUUUACUCCGUACUAUUUAGUGCUACAGCAUACACAUCCUACAAGAUUUGGUUGAGGUAUCAAAUAAUUCCUUCGAUAACAGCAGCCGAAGAGAUUGCUGAGAGUGAUUCCGAAGGUGAAGUUGACACCAGAAAGAAAAGAUAUAGAAAGGAAAAAGUUGGUUUCAGGGACAGAAAGAUAAUGGAAUAUGAGAACCGAAUGCGAGCUUAUUCAACUCCUGACAAAAUAUUCAGAUACUUUGCAACUGUCAAAUUGACUUUCGGUGAAAACACUGAAGUUUAUAUGACACCUGAUGACUUCUUGCGGGCCAUCACUCCUGGCAUGAAACAGCCUGAUGGUUUAGGAUUAGAUCAGUACAGAAGAUAUGACCCGAAGACUAUAAGCCAGCGCCUCAACUUGGAUUUGGAUGAAGAUUCUAUAUUCUACAAACUUGGCUCGUCGGGACUCAUCACAUUUAGUGACUAUAUAUUCCUGCUCACGGUAUUGUCAACGUCUCGACGACAUUUCGAGAUCGCGUUUCGCAUGUUCGAUUUGAACGGCGAUGGAGACGUGGACUGCGAGGAGUUCGAAAAGGUGGCCGCCCUGAUCCGGCAGCAGAGCAGCAUCGGCUCGCGGCACCGCGACCACGCCAACACGGGCAACACUUUCAAGGGUAUAAAUUCAGCACUGACCACUUAUUUCUUUGGACAAAAGCUUGAUGAGAAAUUGACUAUCGAAAAGUUCUUGGACUUUCAACAACAACUGCAGAAAGAGAUCCUCUCCCUCGAGUUUCAGAGAAAACAACCAGAUGAAAACGGUCGUAUAACUGAGGCUGAUUUCGCGGAACUUUUAUUGGCAUACGCUGGCUAUCCCGCUAAGAAGAAGGCUAGAAUGCUUAAACGGGUUAAAAAAGCGUUCCGAGAUCACGGCGUCGGUAUAACAAAGGACGAUUACUUAAAGUUCUUCCAUUUGCUGAAUAACGUAAAUGACGUGGACACUGCGCUCACGUUUUACCACAUAGCCGGGGCAUCUAUUGACCAGCCAACUCUACGACACGUCGCUAAGACAGUGGCGCAUGUGGACUUAGAUCCACAUGUUAUCAACGUUGUAUUUACGAUAUUCGACGAGAACAUGGACGGCCAGCUAAGCAACCGCGAGUUCGUAGCUGUGAUGAAAAAUAGACUCCUACGUGGAUUAGAAAAGCCGAAAGACACUGGGUUCGUUAAACUUAUGUAUUCGCUCAUAAAGUGUGCUAGAGACACCAAGCCGGCUAUUCUAGACUUUUAAGCUACGAUAAGGCUGAGUUUAGUGGACAACAGAUCAUCGGUGCAUAUGUCAGUCGAUAACAACGAAAUCGUAAUAAAGGGUAACAGUUAUAACAGCAGCACUAAAGUUAGAGAUGGCACAAUCUUUGUCGGUUUAAUUUUUGCUCUAGAAGACGUUUGCACAUGUACCAUGUACACUAUUAAAUUUUUCAAAACAGUCAUUCGAGAAUUAUUUGAGACCGUACGCGCUGUACGCACCCGCACAUUACUACGCACUGCGUAUAUCGCGACGUAAAUUUUCCGAACAUACACAUUAUAAACGUACAUGUAUCGGCGCAUUCCGUGAUGCACCGAUUGGGUGACCGAGCGAACAUGCAUGUUUACUUACCGUUUUCACUAAACCUAGGAACCUUAAAUCUAUCUCUAAUGAUUUAGGUGUUGCAUGGAGAAAAAGAACGUUUUUACCAACUCUUAAAUGAUAAAUAAAGACGUUAGGCGCCAUCUAUAGUUGCGACACCAAUUCACCGGUGCGUAAUGUUUAGAAAACUCAUACAUUAACACUUAACAGAUGAAAUAUCUAUAAGAAAAAUGUAAAUACAAUAUGGUAGAACUUCAAAAACACAAAACAUGACCAAGACAAGUUGAGCAAUUCUUAAGCUAUGAGAGCUUAAGAGUUGCAGAAUUAAAACCGAUUUGUGAAAGACAAAUCUAUGCCUGGGGAAUCUCUUUAUAGUGGGCGCUACUUGGGCUUUGUUUGUCUUUAGUGAAAAUGGGCAUAAUGGCAUUUUAUGUAUCAAAGGUACGUACGUACACUUAAACAACGUUGAUGCGUAUCGGGAAUACGCGCGCACCCACGGUCGGUCGUACACUGAAACCAACCUCACUUAUUUCUUAUUAUGUUUAAAUUGGCGAUAUAUUUUUAUUAUUUUCUAUUUAUCUUAGUGGCAUCGUUAAUAGUUCUGAUAGACUUUAUAGACUUAAUAGACUUUUAUUUCUAUGCGGUCUUCUACAGAAGGCUUCAGAAGGUUUGAUAUGCCUUUUAAUUAAUCACGUUGGUCAUUGGAGUGUCAAAAUAAAUUAUUCGUUUUAUUUAACUUAAAACGGUUCAUGCAAUAGGUCUUAAUAAUAAACGCGGCAUUACGUUGAAAAAGUUAGUGUUUAUUGCGCUCUUACUUUUGAAAGGUGUGACAGUUGGGAGUCUGACCAAACACUACAUAUCUAUUCCAACGUUACGACACAUCUAUUAAAAAGGCCCUUAUGGUCUCCGAUGCCACUAAUAGUAAAGUUUUUUUUACAAUAUUCUACUAAACUAUCAAACAUUUAUUAUUAUAUUUAUGGAUUAUCAUUGAGAUAGAUAAUAAGCUCUCUAAUUUUAUUGAAACUAACUAAAUAAACUAAAUUCUGUAAACCUAUGCAUCGUAUCUAUAAGUACUAGUCAUAAAGAUCAAAAGAUUUGAGGAUAGUUUUUAUAUUUUUCCGAAAUCAAUAUACUAACUUGUUCUUACAAUAUUAUCCCCUGUGCCAUGGAGAAUGGAAAUAGAAUCCAUAGUUAUUCAUUUUUAUCAACGGAUAUUCCAAAGAAAGGACUUAUUACUGUUUGCUAUUUCUUGAAGUUUAAUUUAGUGUCUAAAAUACCUUUAACUAAAAUAGUUAUUAGUGAUUUGCCUGUUUGGUUCGGUACCUUAAUGUUUCAACUAUAUUAAAUCAGCAUUUAAAAUUAUCAUCUUUCAAGGCGUACUCACCUUAGGAAAAUAAGUUAUUGAAAAAAAAUUGAAUGCAACCUUUUUUUUUCUUUAGUUAUGCUGAUAUUUUUGAUUGUCGUUUAUUUUGUUCCUGUUUUGUCUAGUCACCGUUUUAUUGAGAUAUUUCUAUAAUUGUAUUCUAUUGUUAUUGGGUUGAGAAAGGUGAAUCCAGAGGCUUAUUUAGAAUAGAAAAUCUGAGCAACUUUAGAUACGCAGUCCGGAGUCUACUUCAACAUUCAUCUUAAAUUUUUUUUUUAACAAACAAGAUUAUUUCUGUAAACAACUUCCUAAAACUGGGGCAUUAUCAAUAAAAACGUGGCACACCGUCGGAAUCGCUAUGCAGAAAAGUUUUUACUCAAGUUUUUCCGUACUUCAACUUUCGGCAUCUUUCAAGUGACAGAGCAUAAAAAAAAACUCUGCUAACUAUUCCAACGUUAUGCCGCAUUUAUAAAAGCGAUUGAUAAAACAGAAUUGCCACAACUAUGUUGCCUAAAGCACAUUGAUAAAUUAACACGGUAUAUUUAUAUUGUUAUUUUUUUGCCAGGCGAUAAUGCCAGU